GUCGUACCCUAGUCUACUCUACGCUCUUCGGAGCCGAAGCUCAUUAUACCUAAUUUCUACCUCUCACUCUACUUCUCUCUGCAAACCCUAGACGAGCCAUGGCGAUCAGACACCUACUACUCCUAGCUCGUCGCUCUCACAGACCCUCACGAACUCUCUCCCAAUCCCUCCGCUCAUUUUCAACGGCCGUCGCCACCGCCACCGCCACCGAGUCACCACUACCCUCCCCUCCGCCUCGAACCGCCAUGAUCUACGACCGACUCGCAGAGUGCGUCAAGGACAAACUCAGCGAACUCGAGAGCCCUGACCCGCGUUUCCUCCAACACAACUCGCCCCAUCCGAUUCGCAUCGACCACACCCCAAUCCUCUCCUCCCCUCUCACCCGCGUCACCACCCUCCCCUCCGGCCUCCGCGUCGCCACCGAGUCCAACCUCGCCGCCAAGUCCGCCACUGUCGGCGUCUGGAUCGACGCCGGCAGUCGGUUCGAGAGCCAGGAGACCAACGGCACUGCGCAUUUUCUCGAACACAUGAUAUUCAAGGGCACUGAGAGGAGGAAUACGAGGGAAUUGGAGGAGGAGAUUGAAAAUUUGGGUGGGCAUUUGAAUGCGUACACUUCGAGAGAGCAGACCACUUACUACGCCAAGGUUAUGGACAAGGAUGUGCCUUGGGCUUUGGAUUUAUUGGCGGAUAUACUACAGAAUUCGAAGUUCGAGGACAAGCGGAUUGAGCGAGAGCGCGGCGUGAUUCUGAGGGAGAUGGAGGAGGUGGAAGGACAAACUGAGGAAGUAAUUUUUGAUCAUUUGCAUGCAACUGCCUUUCAACACACUCCGUUGGGUAGAACCAUUCUUGGACCUGCUGAGAAUAUUAAGACAAUCACCAGAGAUCAUAUUAAAGAAUACAUUUCAAGGCAUUACACUUCUCCCAGAAUGGUAAUUGCUGCUUCUGGUGCUGUUAAGCAUGAGGACAUCGUUGCUGAAGUACAGAAACUGUUUACUAACUUAUCGACGGAUCCAACUACAGCUUCUCAGUUAAUUGAUAAAGAGCCAGCUAUUUUUACAGGAUCCGAGGUUAGAAUAAUUGAUGACAAUAUGCCUCUGGCACAAUUUGCGGUUGCUUUCAAUGGAGCAUCUUGGACAGAUCCAGAUUCAGUUGCUUUGAUGGUCAUGCAGACUAUGUUGGGCUCCUGGAAUAAGAAUGUAGGUGGUGGAAAGCACAUGGGUUCUGCGCUUGCACAGAGGGUUGCCAUUAAUGAAAUCGCUGAAAGCAUGAUGGCUUUCAACACCAACUAUAAAGAUACUGGGCUAUUUGGUGUUUAUGCUGUUGCUAAGCCGGACUGCUUGGAUGAUUUAGCCUGGACAAUUAUGCAAGAGAUGUGCAAAUUAAGUUACCGUGUUUCAGAAGAAGAUGUUGCUCGUGCUUGUAAUCAGUUGAAAUCUUCUCUGCUGCUUCACAUAGAUGGAACCAGUCCUAUUGCUGAAGAUAUAGGGCGCCAGCUACUUACCUAUGGGCGAAGAAUCCCAUUUGCAGAAUUGUUUGCUAGAAUUGACGCUGUGAAUGCCAGCACCAUCAAACGUGUUGCAAACCGUUUUAUAAAUGACAGGGAUGUUGCUAUUUCUGCCGUAGGGCCCAUCCAGAGUUUACCCGACUACAAUUGGUUCAGACGCAGGACCUACUGGCACAGUCACUAGGUUUUCGUUUCAUUUCUCCUCCGCAUUUCUUACAUUCUUAGGCCAUCUUAAAAACAUUUUGUUGCCUUACACACGGCCAUUUUCCCGGAGAGCCUUCAGGGCUGGCCUUCAAUUUAUUCUUUUGCUUUUCAGGUUUUUGUGCCUGCACCAUGGCCCAAUUUUAGUCCAACAAAAAUAAUUGUGCUGUAUUCAGUAAUUUUUUGUUGUGAUUUAUGAGACACUAAUCCAUUUUGAUAA